GCCGAGACAGGACAGGCAGGGCAAUAGUUGAGCUCUAUGGAGACCACCAGGGAUGGAGAUCAGCUGUAACAAGCCAGGAGCUCUUCAAGAUGCUGCUCUACUUUUACUCUAUCACCAGGAGAGAAAUCAGAGAAGUUGGGAUGACACUUAUUUUUGAUGCAAAGAAGACAAAUCCUCAGCCACAGCUCUAUAAGGCCUUGAUGACGCUUCAGGAGCAGACUCCCCUGGCAGUAAACAGUUUUGUGCUGCUGGUGGACAAGGAGAGCAGCCUUCGGCCAGAGCGGUGUCCUGGCACCCAGACUGAAGUGGUGACAUCGAUGAAAGCCUUGUUCAAGUUGGUGGAGGUGAGUCAGCUGAGCUCCCGCUUGGAUGGCACACUGUCUCACAGCCACUGUGACUGGAUAGAGCUGCACCAGAAACUCUUCCCAUUUGUGACUGAUCUUCAUGAGGCAUCCAGCCUUCUACUGAGGGCCAUCAGUAAGUUAGAGGAGCCCCAGACGACGGACUCUGUACAGACUGUGCAGCAGUGCAUGAUGGACCAGAGGACUUUAAUGAGGGAUGUACUGGAGGACAGCCGAUUGGUCAGCCUGCAGAGGGAGGGCGGAGCUAUCCUGGCCAGGCUGAGGAAGGAGAGUGACCUCAAGUACCCCCACUGUGAGAACCUCAGUGAUGCAGUGGAUUCUGUGACAAGCCUGUACAACCACGUGGAGGAGCAAGCUCACAUCCUCGUGCAGAGGUCCAACAUGUUGCUGGAACACCUUGAGUAUCUGCUGCAAAUCAGAGAGAUGGAGGGACACUUCAUGCAGAUGCAACAGUGGUUUAAUGUAGAGGGAGAGCGCCACCUGCUGGAGGCUGAAUCAGUUGAGGACUCUGGAGACAAAAUGGAGGAGAUCCUCAACAGCUUCACUGGUUUCCUUAUUGAAGCUAAUGACCGAAGGCAGCAUGCCAUGACAUUAGUGUCAGAGUCAGAGCGACUCCAGCAGAAUGGGCUCUCCUAUCCAGAGACAGAGGCAUUUUGGACUCUAGUUUGCACCUUCAAGUCAGGCCUGGAGGGCUUUCUGUACAGGGCAGAGGCAUGCGGCAGGGAGCUGCAGAUCAUGGUUAACGUGUGUGAUUUUUGUGAGCAGGCUACAUCUCUGGCCAGCGAAUGCAUUGAGUACCUGGAACAGAGUCAAUCCAGAAAAUAUGCUAUGAAAGACCAAGACCAGUCUACAACACCUCUCAAUCAAACACACACUCUGCAAAUACACCAAAACCAAGACUCUGCAUCCGCUGCAUCUUCUUCCCCGUCUGAUAUCCAGGCCAGACAUGUCUCAGAUCCAAACAACACCAGCGUUUUACUGUCAGGCAAUGACAGUUUCAUCCUCCAGACUUUCCAAGACAGGUUCCUCCAGUUCAGCCCUGAGAGAUUUCAGGAGGUGAAAGCCCAGGCCACCGCCCUGAGGGGCUCCAGGGGGAUGCGGGUCUGGAACAUAGCCUGGCUGAGAUGCCAGGAGGCUAGUCAGCAACUUCAGGAGAGGAUGCAAGAUGUGGAUGAGGUUUUCCACCAGCAACCAGAUUCUAGCAGCUUGUGUGAAAGUCAUUAUAUUGAUGUGGUGAGCACUAAUGUUCAGACACUGUCCCCCGGUGGCCAGAGUCUGGUGGUCCAAUCCACUCCCGGACCUCGGCACCCGCAGUGGGAGGGCAUCAUGUCGGGAGCGGUGGAUUUAGGGAAGAGAAAACCUAUCCUGGGUGGCAACAGCACUAAUUCAACAACUGUAGCCUGCUGUAACAUCACUGUCAAACCUGAGGAUCAGAGUGAUGCGGGACCCAGCCAAGGGUCAGAGGUCACUCCACAGUCACCUCACAGGAGAACAGAAAGAGAGACAAGGAGGAGACAGAUGAGCAGAGCGAGGAGUGAGAGAGAUGCCGCUGCUCUGUCUCAGUCCCACACUGUGGGCUGCCAGUGGUUUCCAUGGGGACGAGGUCUUGGAGUGAGGUCGGUGAGCCAGGACUCAUGCACCCCUGGAGUAGCGACGUCGGGGUCAUCAACUCCUCCAGAGCAGCGGGUUCGACCCCCGUCAUCCUGCUCCCACCACGGUCAGCCAUCAUGUCGCAUCCUUCAGGAGGCGCAGAAGUUCCAGAUCUCCCGCCACGGCAGCUUCUGCUCAGAAGACUCCUGCAUGAGCAACCAGGGGGCUGCAGGGGGUAAUAGGACUUUAUGCUGCAAACACUCCAGCCUGCCCAUCGGGAGAUAUGAGGGGGCGUUAUGUUUGGCAAAUCCACGGGAGAGUGCCAGCAAUGCCCUGAGGCUGCAGCGUGUCCUGGAGGAGCUGGUGUUCACAGAGAGAGAAUACGUCCGCUCGCUGGGCUACAUCCUGACCCAUUACCUCCCCCUGUUGGACAGACCAGACAUCCCCCAGGACCUCAGGGGUAAGCGAGGAGUCAUCUUCGGCAACCUGGAGAAGCUUUACGACUUCCACAGCCAUUACUUGCUACCAGAGCUUGAGGCCUGCCAGAGGGAUCCCGCCAUGGUGGCACGCUGCUUUCUCAGACACAGCGACAGUUUUGGCCUGUAUGCUCUGUAUAGCAAGAACAAACCUCAGUCAGACGCCCUAAUCCUACACCGUCGCCAUGACAUCUUCAAGAAGAAGCAGCAGGAGCUUGGGGACAUGAUGGACCUUUCAUCCUAUCUGCUGAGGCCCAUCCAGAGGAUCAGCAAGUACAGCCUCUUGCUGCAGGACAUGCUGUCUCUUGCUGGCUCCUACAAGCCAAAAGACAUGAUCCAGGAUACACUGCUCGCAUCUAGUGUGUGUGCACAAAGUGUGUGUGGUCCAGAUGUGUAUGUGCCCGAUCUGACAAGCAAUGAGAUGGAGCGAGAGAGGGCUGAGAUCCGAGCCGCUGCAGACCUGGUUCGGUUUCAGAUGCGUCACGGCAACGAUUUGCUCACCAUGGACGCUAUCCAGGACUGUGAUGUGAAUUUAAAAGAGCAGGGCCAUCUGAUUCGCCAAGACGAGUUCACAGUUUUCUUUAAGAAGAAGAAAUGUGUCCGCCGCAUCUUUCUCUUUGAAGAUCUUGUCCUCUUCAGCAAGACCAAGAGGACAGAUAUUGGCAACGAUGUUUAUGUCUACAAGCAGUCAUUCAAGACAAGUGACAUUGGGAUGACCCACAACUCAAGUGUGAGCGGUUUGUGUUUUGAGAUCUGGUUCCGCAGGAGGAAAAGUGAGGACACCUACACCCUGAAGGCCUCCAGCAUGGAGGUGAAGAAAGCCUGGACUACUGACCUGGAAAAGAUUCUUUGGGAUCAGGCCACUCACAGUAGAGAGCUGCGUCUGCAGGAGAGGGUUUUCAUGGGAAUGGGCCGCAAACCUUUCAUGGACAUUCAGCCCAGUGAUGCUGCCAUCUGUGACCGAGCCAUCAGCUGUAGCCUGCCUGGGAGAAUCCCUGUGGCGUGUUGUUCACACAGGGGCUUAGAAUAUCCACGACCACACUCCAUCGGCUCUGGAAGCACGGCCUCCACUACCCUCAGCCAAUCAUCUUCCUCCUCUGGCCGGGGCUCGCUCCCCCCUGCGGGUUAUCCCGGGAACCAGUCACAAGGAGUGGAGCCCAGUCCUGCAGUUUGCUUCUCACCUGAGGCUGUGGCUGAAAAUGAACUCAACAGCCUUCAUCUUCAUCAGCAUCAUCUUCAUUGUAACUGUGAACAAUGGAACAUACAUCAUCCUCCGAUGGACAGCACUGGAUCGUCUGGAGAAUGUAUCGACCUCUUCAGCAGCUCAGACCGCAGCUGCCUUUCUGCCAUUGGUGGAGAGGAAGUGGACGACUCCUCCUCAUUUGUAUCCCAGAGUUCAAAGCCCUGCCCACCACUUUGUCGGACCCCCAGUCUGAGGAGAAACGGCCCACCAGUGGUUACCAGAAAGAAACCAGCUGUCGCCCCCAAACCUCCACAUCUGGCUAAUCUGUCUCAGGGUGAUGACAUUAUAAUCGGAAAAUCAACAGAAGUUUAACCCUGGAUUCCCUCCAGAAGCUGUCAAGUCCUGUUGGAGAUCUUCUGGUCACCCUGCAGAUGGACGGUUUUAGAGUGAAAAAUGUUAUUUUGUGUGGCAACACAUUGACACGGCAGUCAGCUUUGUCUGGUCACAAGGUCUUGUUUUUAAGGAUUUAUUGAAGAAAUUGAGGUUUGGUGUGUUGGUAAUAUGUAAUAUUAUAUAAUAAGAUAAUGUAAUAAUAUUUGAACAAAAACACAAUAUUGCAACAUUGAGCCGCCAAUACAGAAUAUGUCUUUGUCCACAACAUGUGGUGCUUUGGUCCAGUUAAAUCAUCUUCAUCAUCAACCAUUUUUUUGUUUUAAUGUGGAACAAAGUAGCAUCUGCUACUGCUACAGUGCAUUAAAAACAUGAAGAAAACAUUUCUUUAUGUCCUUAGUUUAAAUAGCUCAAAAUGGGAAUGAAUAUUUAUAUAUCUAUGCUACACAUAAAUUCACCAACAAUUCAAGAAAAACUGUUCAUCCUAACAAGUUUUUUCCUGAUUUUGCUCAGAAAACCAACCACGUGGUUAACUGUCUCUCCUGUCAGAUUUGCCUGCAUGUCACAUGUCUACAGACUACACUGUUCAUUAAAUUAGAACAUGCUCUUGCAUACAUAUUUAGUAAUGAGUAGCAUGUAUUUCCACCAUCUACAAUAGCAAAUAAUUAGACAGUAUGUGAUCAAAGGAUGCAUUAAAAAAUAUUUUUUGUUGGAUCUUCUAUGCUGUACGAUUAUUUAUACGCAGUUAUCAAACAAGGUUAUAUUUCUUAACCCCAUGGACAUCAACAGCUUGCGUGGAACAAACACAUAGCACCUGCUCUGAGAGCAAACCUCACAUGUGGGAGACCAUUUCAGUCCAGUGACAAAGUAAAGUGUAUUGCUCUGCGUUUCGUGCUCCUUUUCAUUCGCAAGCAGGCAACGCAUUGCUUGAGAAGCAAUUGUAUAUCAGGAUUCUUACAGCUGGACUACAUUCAUUUGGUUAAAAGAUCGCAAGGGAAACUCAAUGGACUCCAAGAUACAGUUCAAGUCCAGAGCUAUCCACUGGCCAUAAGCCCAGAAGCUGAAGACCUAAAUUAAAGUUGAUGACCAUAAAUGGAGACACAUGUGGAUACGUGUGCAGAUAUGAAAAAGUAAAAAUUUUUGAUAGUAUAGUAAUUAAUACAUAAAGGUAUUUCUAUUACUCCUACACUUUUUAAAGGGUUUGUGUUUAUUUUUGGGGGUGUUUUUACACUACUGCUAUAUUUCUAAACAUUUUUUUGCCACCUGUCUGGCCCUGAGGACAUUACGGUAGUCCUGUAUUUAAUAGUUUAUCAGAAGGGAGAGACCACUUGGGGAUUUGUUUUCACAUCUGGAUUUGAAGUAGGAGAGAGCGGGGGCAAAAGUACCGUUUUUCAGAAAAACCUGAUUUGAAAAGAUAAUGUUUCAGACAGAAAUAUAUUUUUGCUGUGGUCACUAACUCACAGGUGUGGUCUAUCAAUAUCAGGUGGUAUGUUGUACAAAUGUAGAACGACUUCCGUAUAAUUUCACUUUAAACAUAAGUGGCACAUUGUUACUUUCUACCCCGUCAGCUGGGUCAAAAGUAACACAACAAUACAAGCUAGAUUUUUUGUGUUACACAUGUAUUUAAUAAAUAAACAUGACUGUGACCUUGUUAAUGUGUAACUGCAAACAUCUUUUGUCCUUUAUAUUUAAAAAAAAAAUUUAAUAAAAUAUUUAUUUUAAAUAUUCAGUUUCAAAAAUAAUCUGCCCAAACUUGAAUUUUUUAGAAUAUUUCAUUUUAUAUUAAGGAUGUAUUAUAAAUAUAUAAUAUAAAUAUGCAAAUAUGUGCACCUAAAACAGGGUGGGAAUGGUAAGAUGGACAUUGUUAUGUCUUGUUUUAUUUUAAGCAUGUCACAUGCUUAAAAUAAAAUAAGACUUUACUGAUCCUGCACAGGGGAUAUUUGUAUGUUGCAGCAGUUUCAGAAAGUGAAAAAUAGAAUAGGCCUAUACAAAUUUCACAUUUUGAAAUGAAUUUAUAUUUGUUUUAGUAAGAACAGUGUAAGUGAUCUGCAUUUUGAGUGCUUUUUACUGACACCUACUACACUGACCUCCUUAGGAGACAGGCCAAAAUAAAUAUCAGCUGCUCUCUUAAUAUAAGCAUGCAACUUCCUCUCCUAGUCCAAGGAGAAGACUUAAUAAUGUGAUCUGUACCUGUAGUCUAGUCUUCUCCCCAAUUAUCUCUGCCCUUCUCCUACAUUAUCUGAACAAAGCGCAUGGAAUGUGCCAUGCGACUGACCUGAGACUAAUGUUUCUAAUAGAGAUGUCCAGAAACACCUUCUCAUAAACAUCUGGGUGAAUCAGACCUCUGUCUUUCUGACCCACGCUGUUGGCAUAUUCUGUUGGUAUAAUAUGAUAUAAACAUGCUUUAAUAAAUGCUGCAACACAGAAAGUCACCACAUUAGCAGCGGGACAAAAGAAACACUUGUGGUCAGGUGUAGCGGGACGUGGCGUGCCGACAGGAACUCCUGACAUCUAAACACAAUUUAUUUUUAUCCUAAAAACUCUGACAGGGCAAACUUCAGGGUGUGUUAAAGCACUAAAUAACCUGUAGAUUAAUCAGUACUGUGACACCUGAAACGAGUCGUGUUUCAGAAGAGUCGCGCUUCAGGAAUUUACUUGCAGUGCUCGAAAACAGUUUUGCGAAGACGGCCGCAGGAAACGAUGACAAAAUCAUGCAGUAAUUUGGCAGCUCCAUCAAGGGUUGCAUACUGAAGGUGCUGUCACAGCUUAGACUGCAAAUGUCAGUCAGGGCUCUGAGAAAAUGGCCUUGUUACUUUCGUCCCAUGUUACUUUCGCCCCGGUUUACCCCUACUCUGUAACUCAUGCAUUUAAGAGAGAAAAGAUCUUGAAAGACUGGGUUUGUCUACUUAAGAAUUUGGGGGUUGGGGGGUGUGCUUUUAUUUUAGAUAGGACAGUCAAGAGUGACAGGAAAUAAGGGAGAGAGAGAGAGAGAGACAUGCAGCAAAGUGCCACAGGCUGGACUCAAACCGGGCCGCUGCAAUAAGGACUGCCUUGUACAUGGGGCGUACAUGCUACCAAGUGAGAUAGCCGCACAACAGUUGUCUGAAAUCAUAAUCUUUAGCAAGGACACAACACGACUACCACUUACUGUUAUUUAGGGUCCACUAAGGGUUCCAUACUGAACAACGUUCCAUCUUCACUCUCAUGAAAAUGACCAUUAUGAACUAGUAUUUUCAGAUUAUUUAAAUGAUUUUUAAUAUUAUGUUAUUGAUGAAAACUGCUUUUUUGUAAGCUCUGUGAUUUUAUUGCCUGGGCAAAAUGUACAGUCUACAAAUGACUUAUUGUAUUUUAUUUUAAAGCCACUAGCUUCCUAUGGCAUGGCUGAUCCAUGCCAUUUCUGUUUUCUAUCACUUUUUUUAAUUCCUUACUUGCUUUCUUACCAGUUUUUCUUUUGUUAAUGUGUUAAUUCAUUAUAUUGUUUGAUUAUUCAAAUGUGGGGUCAGUGUGAUUGUUUGUUAGUUUUUUCUUUCUUCUGAGAAAUUUCAAACAUCAAUUUGUAUCAUUUCUUCCUUCUGAAAGCUGUGUUACCUUUAGUGGGUGACCGGGCAGAUUGCAGUAACACGAGGAUGUGACACCAGACUAUGUGAUGAUGCUUCACUCCCCUAAGCCCCAGACACACAAAUUCCUCAGAAGGACAGCGGUAGAUACUUAUUGCAAAAGUUUGCAUUGCCCUUUGUGCUGACUGUAGAAAUCUGUUUUUCAGUUCUUUAUUUUAUGUUUCAGUGGUAUACUUCUGACUAGAAGUGUUUUUUUAAUUAAUACAUAUUGUGGUAAACUUUUACGAAAUGUAAAUUUUCAUAGUCCCAUCUGUUCAGCUUGUACUGAACAGUUUUGUUUAUUUUAUCUGUACACCAAAUUAGAAAGACUGUACAGUCAAAUUGCCCGUUCAUGAUUUUCAGCUUCCUCCAGAAAUUUGGAAAAGUUAAAGUGAAAAUCUCAUCAUGCUGACCUUGGAAAA